AAUACAUAACUUUAGCUUAUGUGGAAAGUGGUUCAGAGGAUUGGCAAGAAUUUCAGGUCACAAAGUUCAUGAAAACAUUCAGUUGUUUCUGGAGCUCUUUUUGCUUCCCUGACAUAAACACAGACUUUAUUGGUCAGAAGAACAAGCAGCUGAUUUCUUAGCAUUAGUUUGCUUUCAAAGUUGCCCUGCUCUUGCUUUCAUUUUCACUUUUAUUAAUAGAAAGUUAAGUAACAACUUUUGUCCUGAAAUUGACACCAGAACCUUGCAUUCACAGAAGGUGAGGAUGAACUUUAGACCUUAUCCUCUGCAAAAUAUUAAUCCGUAUUAGAGAAGGCAAGAGGAGAGACAGGCAGACUUGGAUCUAAAGAGAGUAGUCGGUACCGGAGGAUCCAGACGCAGAAGGAGCGCAGAGGAAGAGCAAGGACAGCUGAGUACUGGUCCCCGGGACGGGGCACACGCACCACACAAGGUCACAGCCUGGAUAUGGCCUCAGAGAUCCAUAUGCCAGGCCCAAUCUGCCUCAUUGAGAACAUCGAAGGGAAACUGGUAGUUAAUCAGGAAGCUUUGGAGAUCCUCUCUGCCAUCACCCAGCCCCUUGUUGUGGUGGCUAUUGUGGGCCUCUACCGCACUGGCAAAUCCUACCUGAUGAACAAACUGGCUGGGCAGAAUGAGGGCUUCUCUGUUGGAUCCACGGUGCAGUCUCACACCAAGGGAAUCUGGAUGUGGUGUGUGCCUCAUCCAGAGGAACCAAAUCACACCCUGGUUCUGCUGGACACCGAGGGACUGGGAGAUGUAGAGAAGGGUGACCAGAACAAUGAUACUCAGAUCUUUGCACUGGCAAUACUAUUGAGUAGUACCUUUGUUUACAACACCAUGAACAAAAUUGACCAGAGGGCUCUUGAUCUGUUGCAUUAUGUAAUAGAACUGUCAAAUCAGCUCAGGACAGUUUCUCCACCUGAUCUUGAUGGAGUUGAAGAUGCAGCUGAUGCUGUGAGCUUCUGUCCAGACUUAGUGUGGACUCUGAGAGAUUUCUACCUUUCCUUGGAAGCAGAUGGGAGACACAUCACAGCAGAUGACUACCUGGAGAACUCAUUGAAGCUGAAAGAAGACACUGAUGAAAAUCAUCAAAAUUUCAAUUUGCCCCGUCAUUGCAUACAGACAUUCUUUGCAAGAAAGAAAUGCUUUGUCUUUGACUCUCCCACUCACUGGAAGAAGCUUGCCCAUCUUCCGACACUGCAUAAUGAUGAACUGGAUCCUGACUUUGUGCAACAAGUGGCAGAUUUCUGUUCCUACAUCUUUCACCAUUCCAAGGCAAAAACUCUUUCAGGAGGCAUCAAGGUCAAUGGACCUCGUCUAGAAAGCCUGGUGCUAACCUAUGUCAAUGCCAUCAGCAGUGGGAACCUGCCCUGCAUGGAGAAUGCAGUCUUGGCCUUGGCCCAAAUCAAGAAUUCAGCUGCAGUACAAAAGGCCAUUGCCCACUAUGACCAGCAGAUGGCCCAGAAGGUGCAGCUCCCCACAGAAAACCUCCAAGAGCUGCUGGACCUGCACAGGACCUGUGAGAAGGAAGCCAUCGAAAUCUUCAUCAAUAAUUCCUUCAAGGAUGUGGACCAAAACUUCCAGAAGGAAUUAGAGACCCUGCUGGAAGCAAAGCAAGAUGACUUUCGUAAGCAGAACUUGGAGGCAUCAUCAGAUCGUUGCUCAGCUUUACUUCAAGAUAUCUUUGGUCCUCUAGAGGAAUAUGUGAAGCAGGGGGUUUACUCAAAGCCCGGAGGGCACCGCCUCUUCAUUCAGAAGAGAGAAGAGCUGAAGGCAAAGUACUAUGAGGAGCCCAGGAAAGGAAUACAGGCUGAAGAAGCUUUGCAGAACUAUUUGCAGUCCAAGGAGUCCGUGAGUGAUGCCAUUCUAUACACAGACCUGGUUUUCACCGCCAAGGAAAAGGAGAGGAAAGAAGCAUAUUUGAAAGCAGAGGCUGAAGCACGAAGGUUGGAGGAGAUUCAAAGGCAGAACCAGCAAAUGAUGGAGGAGAGGGAGAGACAGCAUCAGGAGCAACUGAGACAAAUGGAGAUACACAGAGCCCAACAGCUGGCACAAGAACAGAUGGCUUGGGAACAUUAGCUCCAGGUCGGAGAGAGCCCAGGAUCGGAUACAUGCAGAUUUGUGACGAGAUAAUGGACCCUCCUGGAAUUUCUAACAGAUCAUCAUGCCAGACACAGAUACCGGCUCCUCCCUGGUAUCCACGAUGACCCCCACACAGAUACUGACUCCUUCCUGAAUACCCUGCUGACUCCUGCGGCGGGAACUUCCUCAGCAGCUGAAUACCAUGAUGACUCCCAUGGCGGGAGCCUCCUCAGCUCAUGCCCCCACCCCUCAUUAAACACCUGUAUAAAAAAGAAGCCCUUCACUCCCUGUUGGUGCAAAUCCACUGGCCCUGUCUUUGGGGUUCCUGGGUCACCCAGGGACAACGAUUAAAAUCUUUCCUUUUCUUUUUUUUCUGAUUGACUCAGCUCUCUUUAUUUCCUACGCCGCCUUCUGAGCCACCUAACAAUAUCAAAAAGCAGUUUAUACUGAAUUAAAUGAUUGUGUGCUGUGUCUUUAUAAUCCUUUAGAGCCUAUAAAUAAAUUGUCUAAGGAAUGCUAGAUAAUGUGCCAAAAUAUCUGAUGGGGCUCAUUUUAUUUUAUGAUUGCUUAUAAUGUUAACGUUAAACAAUCUCAAUUUUUUUGCAAUCAUAUAUGAAAACCUACUGAUUUUUCUUAAUAUUUGUAAUUUGUAUACAUAUAUAUUUGUACAUAUUUUUAAACAUAAAGAACCAUAAAAAGUUUUAAAUAACUCUACCACUUUGUUUCCCCAAUUGUGAAAAGUCUAUGGGGAGGCCUCCUGAAUUGCUCUAUGGAGAUUAAGAAUUA